AUGUCUAAGCCAGAGUUGGUGGAAGACUUCUUCGGAGUCUACUUACUCUACAAUAUAAAUCCAAAAUAUAAGGGGCGCACUUACAUCGGCUAUACGAGAGACCCGAACCGGCGAAUCUUGCAGCAUAACAGAGGCACUUGGGCUGGAGGCGCUCACAGGACUAGCAAUAGAGGACCCUGGAAGAUGGUGAUGAUAGUACAUGGUUUUCCAAAUAACAUAUCUGCAUUAAGGUUCGAAUGGGCCUGGCAGAAUCCUACCAAGACUAUAAGACUGCAGUAUUUGAAUCUGAAGAAAAUACCUAGAAAGGAGACGGAGUACCAGUUCAAGCUCCGAGUUCUUAGUGAAAUGCUAAGAGUUGGGCCAUGGUGUAGGCUUCCACUUAUCAUAAGAUGGCUUGAGAACGAGUACUUUGAAGAAUUUCCUGUAAGUAAUAGUACUAAUAAUAUUAUAAUGUGCAAGUUUGUGAGAUUGAGAAUGGAUGUUUGUUACUCUUUCACAUAAAACCUGCUAAAUGGAUGUGGAACUUUAGU